AAUACACUCUCGAACUUAGCGGUGCGUAGCAACAGCAGACGCUUUAAUAUAAUGGCAUGCGGAGAAUUUUCGAUGAUAUACAUUCAUCGUAGACGAUUUAUUCAGUUGGUUCAGGGAUCAGACGUUUUUGAACUUUUUACAUUUGACCUGGGCCCAAGCUCUUGUGUCUCACAGCGUUAGUGGCAUACUAAACGUCAUCAACAUUGAUCAUUCAAUGGUGUAUUACCAAGUAAUAGUUUCGUGUCUGUUGAGGGCAGAAUAGAACUGUACUCUUUGCUCGCAAGUUCAAGAAGUUGCUCGAUCUCGAAAUGCAAUCAUGUACCAUGGUUUUAUACCCAGCAUGAUGAUGAGUGUCUGGGGCUGAUUUACAUGAAGCAGAUUACAUCGGUCGGUAUUCAAUUCGAUAAUUUUACUUAGCAGUUGGCUUAGCUAAGUAAAAUUUCUUAACUCGUAUUCAGAUCAAAACUAUAAGUCUGCCAUAAAUCAAUGCUUCCAAACUGCUAUGGAGCUGUCUUAAAUUUAGGAUUAAAUACUUAGACAGAAGCAUCAACUAAAUACCGAAGUUGGCAAAGUAUUAUAUCUCAGCCGAAAAUUGAGUGAAAUGCUCCUCAUUAGGAUCAUGAAGUAUUGAAUUGAAUACCGGACUUAGCAGAAAGAACAGGAACGGAAUCAUGUGUCGCUGGGGAUGCCCUACGGUAGAUACGACAUACAUGUGUAAAUGGUGCGGCACACGAUACUGUCGGGCAUGUCUCCGAGGGGAAUUCACGGGGGUCAUGCCAGAGCCGGCCCGAUGUCGGAAGUGCAAUCAGAAAAAGUGCCAGGGUGAACGAGUGGAAUAUGUGGCGUCCAAACUCCCGCCUAGCACGGAUAAGAAAGGACGAGGAAUGUCAUCCAAAUCAGCAAGAUCAUCAAAAUCAGCCAAAUCAUCCAAAUCAUCCAAAUCGAAAAAAGGAUCGGCUAAAAGGAAAUCGGGGAAGAAGAAAAAGAAAUGAAGCAAUUCCUCGUGUGCCCAGCCCAAGAACGCGAAUGGGUGAGCGGACUGACGGUGUAUAUAUUUCGAGAAAAAGGCAUUCUAAAGCUUUGAACACACUUUGGAAAUAAUUACGCAACGCAUUUCAGAUCUUUCAUUAUCCAAAUCGAAUGCUGAUUACUUUAAAAUAAAAACCAUCAAGUCUAGAAAUCGGACAAUCGCAGUGUACUCUUUUGGAAUUAUGACAUAGGCUACGUGAAGUCUUUUGUAAUCUAAUUGGAAACACACUGUAAAGUUGGUCUUUGGUGAUGAUAUUGUCAUGUUUGUUGCUGGUUGUACCUGAACAAUAAAUUGUCUAUACUUAUAUCAGUAUUCGACCCUCAACAAAGGAGCACAGAUCGAAGCGUCAACUACAACCUGUUCAGCAAAACAACAUUGGACAGCGACAUCAAACACAUAGUUGAGUUUGAAUGGUUUUCUACUCUUAUUUUUUUCACAAGUUUUCACACAUACAAACACACAACAAC